UUGCGACGGUGGCGUAGCGUGGCGCCACGCGAUCGACCGGCCCGACGGGACCCUCACCCCUGUGGAAACCGGAGAACCGUCGACGCGCAAGUACCGUUCGUGUCCGACUCGCAUUGUUCCUGCCCACGAUCUAAAUCGGCUGCCGCGACCCGCAGUUUUCAUCGUGUACGGUACGCGGCGUGUAUGUUAUCACGUUAAAUAAUAAGCGCGCGUUCGACCGCGAGCAAUAAUUUUACAUUCGUCAACCAUCGGCCGAACACGAUGAAAUAUCGUCCGUGUCCGGUGGAUUUUUCAAACAUUUUUUUUUAACAAAUUUAAAAGCGUUUAAUCUUCAAUAAUAUCGCGCGAGCGCAUCGCAGACUUUAUGUUUACGCAAUGCGCGCGCGUGGAUCGACCACAAGACGGCUGCCCGUAACGUUUUGGUUCACCAGGUAACUCUGUACUGUUGUUGUUGUUGUUGUUGUUGUUGUUGUUGUUAUUGUUAUUGCUGCGGUGGUGGUGGUGGUGGUAGUGGUGGUAGUGGACUGCGUCUGUGACGUUGUGGAAGGUGAGAAACCUAAACGAGAGAAUCUUACAUACUGGUGCGGUCGGAGCGAAUAGAAAAAUUAAAAAAGGAGGGAGUGAACCAGUGAACGAGAGAGAGAGAGAAAGAGUGAGUGAGAAAGAAAGGGAGCAGGAGUGAGAGGAACGAGAGAGAAAGAAACGAGAGAGGUAUUCCUGCAGGUAUAGAUACAGUGACCGCAGUGAAGAUUAGUCAUCAAGGUCUUUAUGCGCGGGUAGGCUACUCACCACAGCAAUACCGGUUUUUGCGCGCGUGAAGGUGGCCGAGAGUGUGUGUCCGUCUGCGCGCGCGCAUUUCAACGUGAACGUGUGUGCCCGUCCUAUUGUAUUUGUGUACACAAUACACGCUCAUACACACACACACACACACACACACACACAUACACAAACACACACACACCUGCGCCGGAGACAGAAGAAGGUGCAUGGCAGGUAGUCUGCUAUCGUCCAUUUUCGUGCGACCCACACUGUCGCUUGUUUCGUCGCUAACGGACCAUCACUUAUAAUCUAGUCGACGCACACCGGCGUCCGGAAAAGCGCAUCAACCACGGCCGUCCACGUUCGCGUACAUGGUCGGACUUCCACGAGGUCUCCGUGCUCGAACACGCGUAAAUCAAAGUUUUGUUGAUCCCGGACGAGUACCCUCGUAGCGGGGCUGCAGGCAGCGCCAUGGACACCGUGCGGGCCGGAAGUGCUCCGAACUUGACCGCUUGCAUUGAAGUAGACCUGAUCAACGGCAUGUCGUUAAGGACUGGCGAAAAACUCACCCAAAGUAUGUUGUGCAUUCAGGAAGAACUUGGAAACCUUAGUAUAAAAGAUAAGGAACCAGUCAAAGAUAAUGCUGUAGGGAAUAAUAAAUUGGAAUCUGAUGUAUUAAAACCAAGUGGCUGGUUUGAUGGAUUAUUAGGAUGCUUGAAACCGAUGUUGGGAAUAAUGGGAAAAGGAAACAGUCAUGAUCUUAAAUCUUAUCAAGAUAACUGGGAUAUUCCAUUUGAGUCAAUUAGUGAUUUACAAUGGUUAGGUUCAGGAGCUCAAGGUGCUGUAUUUAGUGGCAAAUUAAAAAACGAAAUUGUAGCGGUUAAGAAGGUGCGGGAACAAAAAGAAACUGAUAUAAAACACUUAAGAAAACUUAAUCAUCCCAACAUAGUUCAAUUUAGGGGUGUUUGCACUCAAGCUCCUUGUUAUUGUAUAGUAAUGGAAUAUUGUCCUUAUGGACCACUCUAUAAUCUACUUAGAGAUGGUGAAGAAAUACCACCCAUACGACUAGUAUCUUGGGCCAAACAAAUUGCAUCAGGCAUGCAUUAUUUACAUGUGAACAAAAUAAUUCAUAGAGAUUUGAAAAGUCCUAAUGUCUUGAUUGGACGCCAAGAAAUGGUGAAAAUAAGUGAUUUCGGAACAAGUCGUGAAUGGAAUGAGAUAAGUACUAAAAUGAGUUUUGCUGGUACUGUAGCUUGGAUGGCUCCUGAAAUCAUAAGAAAUGAACCAUGUUCUGAAAAAGUAGAUAUUUGGUCAUUUGGUGUAGUCUUAUGGGAACUUAUGACUUGUGAAACCCCAUACAAAGAUGUAGACUCAUCAGCUAUUAUUUGGGGUGUUGGUAGCAAUUCUUUACAUUUACCAAUACCUUCAUCAUGUCCAGAUGGUUUUCGAUUGUUAAUUAAACAAUGCUGGGCAGCAAAACCACGUAAUAGACCAUCUUUUAAACAUAUAAUGAUGCAUUUAGAUAUUGCCAGCUCUCAAGUACUAGCAAGUACACCAGAUGAAUAUUUUAAAACACAAGCUCAAUGGAAAAAAGAAAUACAAAUACACAUGUUACAAAUGCAGACUAAUGGAAGUCAUAUUCCUAAAUUUGAAGAAGAUCUAAUUAAAAAAAGAAAAAAUGAGCUAAAACAUGCACAAGAUAUUAGAGAACAUUAUGAAAGAAAGUUAGAACGAGCAAAUAAUCUUUACUUAAAACUGAGUGCUGUGUUAUUACAGUUAGAACAACGAGAAAGGGAUUUAAUUAGAAGAGAAAAACAAAUGUCCAAAGUAUACAAAAGACGACUUAUCAGACCUUUACUAAAAGCUCAAGACAAAUUGAACAAACAGGAUAAAUUUGAUUCAACUACCACAUCGCCAUCAUCGCCAGAAAAGCUUUGUCAAAAAUAUAACUCUAAUUUAACUAAAGCUACUCUAUAUGCUCAAGUAAGUAAUAAUCCUAAUAAACCUGAAUCAUUUGCUGUUUUACCAAAACAAUCUCAGAGAAAGACUCGUCCUAGAAAAGCUCAAAUUAUAUGCUCAAUGAUGAAAAAUAAAAAGUCCGAUUCUUUAAAAGAAACUAAUUGGAAGAACUGUUAUCAAACAAAUUGUAAUAAAGUUAAUAGUGAAACGCAAACUGAAACUAUUGAUUCAGGACUUCAACAAGAUAUGCUCAAUGGCAAUAUAUCUGAUUCUGCUCAUUCACAAGGUGAAGAUAGUUCAUGCAGCAGUGGAGUAAGACUGAGUGAUGAUGAGCAUUUAGAUAGACUGGGCAGACAGGUUAAUGAAAUACUGAAUAAUAACAGAUCUACAAAUAUGGCUGAUAUGUCAGAAUAUUAUCAGGAUACUGAAUCUAAUUCUAAUAAUUUUAAUCUUAAAAGGAAAAGUGCUGGCCGACGUCCAAUUGGCCCUGGUUUACGAGUACGUCGUCAUAGGAUGAUACAGUAUUGUCAUGAGCCAAAUGGAAAUUCUUUUUCAUUAAGUUCAUCGACAGAAAAACAUGAUUUUCUAGAGAUGGAAAGUUCAACAUCUGAUUCAGAUAUGAAAGAUAUUGAUCUAGAUCCAAAAUUUUAUCAUGUGCCUGAUCAAUUUCCAGUUUAAUACCAUGUAUAAAAUCUUAUAAUAUUAUACUAUGGUUAUAUUUUUUUAAGUUAAUUACUCUAUCAUUGUUUAAUUUUAUCAGCAUACAAACAUAUUUCUCUCGCAAUAAUCUCAGAUUUCACAUCCAAAACAAAAUAUUUUCAUUAUUUUUUAAAUGUUUUAACUUACCUAGCAAUCUAACAUUUUUAUUUUG